ACCACUGCCUGCAGCACAGUGUCCAGGUCACCAGAUAGCAGGGACAGCUCUGUGCUGUGUAACAGCUGCACAGUUAUCUCACACAUGCUGCCAUGUCCGCCCCUGAUCACUGUGACUUGCUGUGCACUUUAUCCAUGAUGCACCUAGCUGCCUGUAUGGGGGCUCAGCAACAUUCAGUGUGAAAGACAUAACUCCCUGCAUUAUUCUGUGUUACACUCGUGUAUGUUACUGGGGAGGGGGCCACAGUGCUCCUGCAAUGAGAACUGCUGAAUGCAGGUGCCUGUUCCAUGCUGGAGACGCUGCUUACACCCACGUUUAAUAUAUAUGUAUCUGCCUUUCACAUCCCUUAGUACUUGGGUUGUUUGGGGCUACUUCCACCACCAAGAUGGCUGCCCGGCCCGGCCUCGCUCUAUUCCUGGCACUGAUAGCCCCGCCCCCUCCCAUGCGGCGAGCACCACGUGUGCCGGCAAAAAAAGUAUCAGAGGCGAGGGCCAAGAUGGCGGCGCGGUGGGGAACCGGAGAGGAGACGCUAACCAUCGGGGGGAUGGAGUUCUUCGCCGCCGGAGGCCGCCACCAGUGUCACGACCUGGAGGAUGACGAGGCCUCCGAUAGCCUCUCUGGCCUUGCCCUGGACGCGGGAGGAAUACUGGGAACCUUCCAAGGAUACAUUGACAACUCACUAAUUUCCAUCAUUGAUGAUUCCAGUGCCCUGGCCCAGAACAUAGGCCACCUUGACGAAGAAAAUGAAUUGACUCUUCUAACUGCUCUGACGGAGAUUCUGGACAACACAGACAAUGAGAAUAUGUCCCCGUUUGACACAAUUCCAGAUACGGAACUACUGGUGUCAUCAAAGGGUCGUGAUAUCAGCUCCAUGGACAGCCGCUGCUCUGGGCCAAACUGGGACCUUUUUCCGGAUAGUGUCAGCUCUACACCAAAAAGGCACAACAGACACAAAAGUUUAAAAGGAUGUUUAUCUCUCAAUCAAAGAAGUGAUGGAGAGGAUGAAGAGGUUCAAAGUCCAGAGAAAAGCCCCGGCUUACUGGCUUUUGACAAAGAUUUUUCCAUUGAGACCGGAGUGGAGAUCAGAGAACUGGAACGUGAGCGGUAUCUGAAGCAGGGCACUCCAUGUAUCAUUAAUACAGAGAAUGUUACCCUUCACGACCUGGUGAAAUACAUGCACCCUUACUGCCUACCUGCUAUAACCGUGUGCCUAGAGCCAGAAGAUGGUGAAAGCCUCCUGAAUGAGUCUGUGUUUCUUGAGAUAGUGUCUGAUCAGGGGGAAUGUAUAAAAGUACCUGUAGUUGUGGAACACCCAGGGGAUGACCUGAGCCCAAUGUCUUCAGGGGACAAUCCUCCUACACCAGACUCCUCCGGGGAAUUGCAUAUGGAGACCCAACUGUCACCUGAAUCCGCGUUAGAGCAGUGUGAUCAUGGACAUGAAACGAAUCAUGGAAAACAUCUGCCUAGUAUAGAGAAUACAAUGGGUUCCAUGAAAGGAAAUGAGUGUUUGAACAAGGAGUUAACAGUUGUGCCUGGAAUAGAGGACAUAGCCACUAAACCUUUGACUACUGAUGAAACUGUUGCGAUAAAUUUGAAUAAUAAAAGAAACACUAUUUGCUGUAACCCAGACUUGGAGGGAAUGGUUCAGGAUUCUAAGAAGAAUGGUGACCCGGUGGUCUGUGAACCAGUUACCGGCAAGGAAAGGCUGCGAUUGAAGGGAAAGAAAUCCAGCAAAGAUGAUAAACUACUCAAUACCACUAAAUCAAAAGUUAAAAGUAAAAAUAAAAGAGACAGUGAAGAUGUGCCACAUACAGUAACACCGCAAAGCAACAUUCAACCGACUCCAAGCCGCUUAAAUAACCCUGCGUUGCAGGAGUCUGAUGUUUUAAUGAGAACAUUGGAACAGAUGAAAAAGGAUUCCCAGAUGGAACUUCGUUUAUUGAGGGUGGGUCGCACCAAAGUAAGAACCCGAGCAAACUUGGACAGUACCAACCCUGUGCGAAAAAUGACAGUUGAGGCCUUUAAAGACGUUUUUACUUCUCCCCGUCCAUUAGAAGAAAGCAACCUAAAACGUGAUGGAGAUCAGCGCUCAGGACCUGACGUGGCUCCAGAAUCUGCUGUAAGUGAGGAUACGCAGUUUGAAGAGACGAGUGGCCAAGACAGUUUGGUUUCUGCAGCUCCUGAUAUCCAUUUAAGUCAGACUUCAAGUCUGGAGGACUUGAGUCUCUCAAAGAGUGAAGAUGGGAACGAUUGUGAUUCUACACAGUGUACCAAAGAGACCAAGCCCAAGUCACUCAGCCUAAGUGAAUAUAGGAAGAGGCUUCAGCACCGCAAACCAAACCCUGAGCAAGAGAAUGACCAUGUGUCUUGUAGUAAAUGGCCAUCCAUUCCCGAGCCCCCGACAGAGUUGGCAGAACUCCCCUGUUUGAUUGUACCAACAAAAUUAAAUAAACCUUUAGCAGAGGAAAAACGAUCUGUCCCAAGUAAGGCUGAGGAGUCUUCCUCUGAGCUUAAUGUUCCUGUAAGUUUAGGAUCUGUCCCAUCAAAUGUGGCUCUAACGUCUGUAUACAGCCAGGAGGUUCCACAGCUGAAACCAACUGAAUCAGCCUGUACAAAUAUUGUAGACCUUAUUCCACCUCCUGUGCUAGCUUCCCAACCAAAUGUACCACCACCUAUCUAUCCACCUAACUGGCCUACUGUCCCUUUAUAUCCUGCAUUUUAUCCUGGCAUGCCACCUUUGCCAGUAGCUCCACAAUUUCCAAACUGCAUGCCACCUUUAAUACCCAUGCGACCACCUCCACCAGUGUUGGGUUGGCCUUCAUUUCCCCCACCACCAAUUGCACUGGGGCCAGUGCAUCCUGCUGGUUGGGUUUCUGGGCCGCCACCACCACCUUACUGGUCAAACUCUUCAGUUCCCCCAAUGGUGUCUGAUAACAGAUGCAUGCAGAGCUCUGCUGAAAACUCUGCUCCCGUAAAUGUACUGCCUCCUGAGAUGCCCAAAGUUACCCCUUUUCCAUCUGUAGAAUGCAGUAAUCAGGCUGUUGUGCUUGCUAAAGGUCAAGCAAACCAAAUACCAACGCGGAAACCUGAGCAUAACCGGAUUGAUACAAGAGAAUCCAAAAUCGUACAUACGCUAAAAAGUGUUGAGCAUACCAAUUCCACAUUUAAGGCAUCCAAAGUAUGUCCACCAAUAUGUCCCAGCCUUAAAAAGUCUGAUUUGCAGUCAUCACCUAUCAAAGCCGUCGUCGAGAAAGUACAGUCUAAACCUCCACAAGAGUGCAUGAAGGAAAAUGUUACGGAUCCAGACCAACAGUCUACUACAAACCAGACCAUCUUCAAAAUAAUGGAAAUCUUAAAAAAGGCUCAAAAGCUUGGCUAUCGGAUAAAGCCACCUCUUGUGUCUUCUGAAUCAAUGCCCAGUACCCCUCCAGGAGGAGAGAAAUCUCCUGUGUCUGCAUUAAAACCUGCUGAGCCUGAGCAGACUGUACUUGCUGGUGUCUGCGCACAAGAAGUUCCUACACCUGUAGCCGCUAAUCCUUCCAUUGUUCCCAUGAUUAAACCGAAGGUUGAUGUCAUCAUUCCAACCACUCAGUGUGACACUUCAAAAGUGGCAGUGGAAGGUAACCCUGUAACGGCAUGUAUCCUCCCUAACCAAAGUGCCCAAGAGCCCUGCCUACCUUCACCUGCAGAUGAGGUCUGUGCAUCAGGGGAAAGCAUCCCACCCAAUCACCGGGAACCAGAGGAAACUUGCACUUAUGAGUCAGGUAUUGUGGCAUCAGACCUAAGCAGCUUGCUGGAACAGUUUGAAAAAUAUGAGGCUAAAGAUGAGGAACGCAGAUCUCCCAGUCCUGAUAAACUGGUUGUAGAAGUCUCUGGGUCUGGAAAACCUGUUGAGGAGGAGAUGCGUGAUAAACAUCCGGCACCUGAGCUGGUUACUAUAACUGGUGUCGCCCCUCCCGCCGCUCCAUCAAGCCCCGAUUGCAAGCCUGUUAUUUCAGGGCCCUUGCUAGGGAAAUCCAAGUCUUUGCAUGGUCUGGCGAGAAGCCGCUCUUCACCUUUGAAGACCACAAAGCUCAUUGAGGCGAUACCGUUACCACGGAGCAGACUGAGAAACCAGAAUGGGUCUGUCACACACGUGGCAUUGCCUCCUGUCCAUGUGGCAUCGGGUGAACACGAUUACUGCUUCCUUUCUGCCUCCUGCCGUGAGCAGAGUCCAAUCACUGAUGGUAACCGUGUGACCACCGUAACACUGACCCCGCCAGCUCAGUGCGAGGAAGGGUCUCGCUGGAAUGUCAAGCACCAUCAACAUAUUACAAUAAAGCCCAUAGUGCAGUUCAACACACAACAGAAGAAAUCCCCUCUAAAGCUGCCUGCAUCUAGUGCACCUUCAGUUGUCCCCAACCAAAGUACGGACUGUGGCUUGGUGAAGCCAGAAGCACCUUAUAAAAGUAUCCAAAAAGAUAGUAAUGCUCCUCUGGACCAUAGGAUACCUGCUACAGCAGAAUCGGCAGGAAACGGUCCACCGGGCUCAGUAUUAAGGUCCUCCGACCCCUUGCCUUAUCACAGUGACUGUGGAGAGAGUAGAACUGAUGUAAAAAGGGAGAACUCUGUGUCUCGGAGGUCUCUGCGCUGCUACAGGAAGUACACCAGAUCCCCCAGUCCCCAGCAAUCUACAGGGAGCGAGCGGUCAAGUCGUAGUUGUUCCGGUUCAUCCUCCUCUUCUUCUUCAACGUCUCGUUCAAGAUCCCCUCCAUCAAAGAGGAGAAGAACAUAUCGAUCAAGAAGUCAUCAUAGACGGUCAUCCUCCAGGUCCAGCUGUGGUACAGACAGCUCAUCUAGAUCUUCCUCACGCUCAUGUUCUUCAUCGUCCAGCCUCUCUAGAUCACGGUCCAGAUCGCCCUACCGGCAGAGCUACCGGAGCAGAAGUAGGAGGUGCCAGUCUCGGGACAGUUAUCGGAGGCAGAAGAAUUACCGUAAAGAUCUAGCUAUAAAGGAGAGGAGAGUUGUGUACAUCGGUAAGAUCAGCAGCCGGAUGACCAGGUCAGAGCUGAGCGAGCGAUUUUCUGUUUUCGGGAAUAUAGAAGACUGCACCAUUCACUUCAGAGAGAAGGGGGAUAACUACGGCUUUGUGACGUACAGCUGCACCGAGGAAGCCUUUGCUGCUAUAGAGAGUGGCCACAAGCUGCGCCUUCCGGAUGAGCUGGCCUUUGACCUCUGCUUUGGGGGCAGGAGACAGUUCUGUAAAAGUAAUUAUGCGGAUCUGGAUUCGAACCGCGAUGACUUUGACCCAGUGCUUGUCAGGAGUAAGCUUGAAACGCUAGACUUUGAAACAUUACUAAGAGAGGCGCAGAAAAGCCACCGGAGGUAACGCUACGUCCACGCAUCAGAUCCAAAUUAGAAUCAAAUUAUGUAUAUCCAAAUGAAUUUACCUCAAAACACUGGAGGAGGCCUUUCAGUGAAUAGGAGCAGGAGCCUCUCCGCGAUGGGGGGGGGGAAAGAAUGAUGGAAUUUCUAUUUAAUUUUUUUUUUUUUUUU